GCCCCGGCCACCAUCGCAGGAGCUCGGGGGCCUCGGGGCUCCGGGCUGCCCCCUGCGCCCCUCUCCCCUCACCUCCGCCGACCUCGGGCUGCGGGGCUCCGCGCCGGUCCCCGCUCGCCUCCCCCGACCCCGGCGCCCUUCCCCCGCUUCCUUCCGUCCCUACCCGCCCGCUGACAGCGCCGGACGCCGCUUCCGGACCUCGGGCCGCAAUCUCGGCCCCUGAGGCCGGUUGCGGGCCGGGGAGGUGGCCGCUGGCGCGGAUGCCGCCGGGUGCCCGCCGCUCGCCCACGCGCGGCGCGAUGUUCCCGGCGGGUGACAAAGAGGAACACACCCUCUGCCCAAGUUAGAUUUGUGUCUUUUUUUUACUGCCUGCCUUUAUGCAGGGCAAAGUUUUUUUUAAUUUUAUUUUUUAUUUUUUAAAGCAAAGGACAGAUUGUUUUGCGGCGAGUAUUUCCAAACAACUUCUGAUUGUGGUUUUACGAUUCAAGUUCCGGAAACUUUAGCUGUGUGAUCCGGCUGGACCUCGGAGACUAUAUUCUCUAAGCCGCUUUCAUCAUGGGAGAAAUAGAGCAGAGGCCGACCCCAGGAUCACGACUGGGGGCCCCGGAAAAUUCGGGGAUCAGUACCUUGGAACGUGGACAGAAGCCGCCCCCAACACCUUCAGGAAAACUCGUGUCCAUCAAAAUCCAGAUGCUGGAUGACACCCAGGAGGCAUUUGAAGUUCCACAAAGAGCUCCUGGGAAGGUGCUGCUGGAUGCAGUUUGCAACCACCUCAACCUCGUGGAAGGUGACUAUUUUGGCCUCGAGUUUCCUGAUCACAAAAAGAUCACGGUGUGGCUGGAUCUCCUAAAACCCAUUGUGAAACAGAUUAGAAGGCCAAAGCACGUUGUUGUUAAGUUUGUGGUGAAAUUCUUUCCGCCUGACCACACACAACUCCAAGAAGAACUCACAAGGUACCUGUUCGCGCUGCAGGUGAAGCAGGACUUGGCUCAAGGCAGGUUGACGUGUAAUGACACCAGCGCAGCUCUCUUGAUUUCACACAUUGUGCAAUCUGAGAUUGGGGAUUUUGAUGAAGCCUUGGACAGAGAGCACUUAGCAAAAAAUAAAUACAUACCUCAGCAAGACGCACUAGAGGACAAAAUCGUGGAAUUUCACCAUAACCACAUUGGACAAACACCAGCAGAAUCAGAUUUCCAGCUCCUAGAGAUUGCCCGUCGGCUAGAGAUGUAUGGAAUCCGGUUGCACCCGGCCAAGGACAGAGAAGGCACGAAGAUCAAUCUGGCCGUUGCCAACACGGGAAUUCUAGUGUUUCAGGGUUUCACUAAGAUCAAUGCCUUCAACUGGGCCAAGGUGCGGAAGCUGAGCUUCAAGAGGAAGCGCUUUCUCAUCAAACUCCGGCCAGAUGCCAAUAGUGCGUACCAGGAUACCUUGGAAUUCCUGAUGGCCAGUCGGGAUUUCUGCAAGUCCUUCUGGAAAAUCUGUGUUGAACAUCAUGCCUUCUUUAGACUUUUUGAAGAGCCCAAACCAAAGCCCAAGCCCGUCCUCUUUAGCCGGGGGUCAUCAUUUCGGUUCAGUGGUCGGACUCAGAAGCAGGUUCUCGACUAUGUUAAAGAAGGAGGACAUAAGAAGGUGCAGUUUGAAAGGAAGCACAGCAAGAUUCAUUCUAUCCGGAGCCUUGCUUCACAGCCUACAGAACUGAAUUCGGAAGUGCUGGAGCAGUCUCAGCAGAGCGCCAGCCUUACAUUUGGAGAAGGUGCCGAAUCUCCAGGGGGCCAGAGCUGCCGGCAAGGAAAGGAACCGAAGGUUUCCGCCGGGGAGCCGGGGUCGCACCCGAGCCCUGCGCCGAGGAGAAGCCCCGCGGGUAACAAGCAGGCCGACGGAGCCGCCUCGGCGCCCACGGAGGAAGAGGAGGAGGUCGUUAAGGAUAGGACCCAGCAGAGUAAACCUCAGCCCCCGCAGCCAAGCACAGGCUCCCUGACUGGCAGUCCUCACCUUUCCGAGCUGUCUGUGAACUCGCAGGGGGGAGUGGCCCCUGCCAACGUGACCUUGUCUCCCAACCUGAGCCCCGACACCAAGCAGGCCUCUCCCUUGAUCAGCCCGCUGCUGAAUGACCAGGCCUGCCCCCGGACGGACGAUGAGGAUGAGGGCCGGAGGAAGAGAUUCCCAACUGAUAAAGCGUACUUCAUAGCUAAGGAAGUGUCUACCACCGAGCGAACAUAUCUGAAGGAUCUCGAAGUUAUCACUUCGUGGUUUCAGAGCACAGUGAGCAAAGAGGACGCCAUGCCAGAAGCACUGAAAAGUCUCAUAUUCCCGAAUUUUGAACCUUUGCACAAAUUUCAUACUAAUUUUCUCAAGGAAAUUGAGCAACGACUUGCCCUGUGGGAAGGCCGCUCAAAUGCCCAAAUCAGAGAUUACCAAAGAAUCGGCGAUGUCAUGCUGAAGAACAUUCAGGGCAUGAAGCACCUGGCGGCUCACCUGUGGAAGCACAGCGAGGCCCUGGAGGCCCUGGAGAAUGGGAUCAAGAGCUCCCGGCGGCUGGAGAACUUCUGCAGAGACUUUGAGCUGCAGAAGGUGUGUUACCUACCGCUCAACACCUUCCUCCUGCGGCCACUGCACCGGCUCAUGCACUACAAGCAGGUCCUGGAGCGGCUGUGCAAACACCACCCGCCGAGCCACGCCGACUUCAGGGACUGCCGAGCCGCUUUGGCAGAGAUCACGGAGAUGGUGGCACAGCUCCACGGUACGAUGAUCAAGAUGGAGAAUUUCCAGAAGCUGCACGAACUCAAGAAAGAUUUGAUUGGCAUUGACAAUCUUGUGGUUCCGGGAAGGGAGUUCAUCCGUCUGGGCAGCCUCAGCAAGCUCUCGGGGAAGGGGCUCCAGCAGCGCAUGUUCUUCCUGUUCAACGACGUCCUGCUAUACACGAGCCGGGGGCUGACGGCCUCCAAUCAGUUUAAAGUCCACGGGCAGCUCCCGCUCUAUGGCAUGACGAUUGAGGAGAGCGAAGACGAGUGGGGGGUGCCCCACUGCCUGACCCUCCGGGGCCAGCGGCAGUCCAUCAUCGUGGCCGCCAGUUCUCGGUCCGAGAUGGAGAAGUGGGUUGAGGACAUCCAGAUGGCCAUUGACCUGGCGGAGAAGAGCAGCAGCCCCGCCCCUGAGUUCCUGGCCAGCAGCCCCCCUGACAACAAGUCCCCUGAUGAAGCCACCGCGGCUGACCAGGAGUCAGAGGAUGACCUGAGCGCCUCGCGCACAUCGCUGGAGCGCCAGGCCCCGCACCGUGGCAACACAAUGGUGCACGUGUGCUGGCACCGCAACACCAGCGUCUCCAUGGUGGACUUCAGCAUCGCAGUGGAGAAUCAGUUGUCUGGAAACCUGCUGAGGAAAUUCAAAAACAGCAACGGGUGGCAGAAGCUGUGGGUGGUGUUCACAAACUUCUGCCUGUUCUUCUACAAGUCACACCAGGACAAUCAUCCCCUUGCCAGCCUGCCUCUGCUCGGCUACUCACUCACCAUCCCCUCCGAGUCCGAGAACAUCCAGAAAGACUACGUGUUCAAGCUGCACUUCAAGUCCCACGUCUACUACUUCAGGGCGGAAAGCGAGUACACGUUCGAAAGGUGGAUGGAAGUGAUCCGCAGUGCCACCAGCUCUGCCUCGCGACCCCAUGUGUUGAGCCACAAAGAGUCUCUCGUGUAUUGAUGGCCGGACACACUCGUUUCCGCAGUGGCUGCUUUCCUGGAAGACGUUUCCUUUCUUCUGUAUUAAUGAAGCCUGGUAAAAUUAACACCUGUCUGAAAAUCAAAAACAUGGCUUCCCAGCAGCUCUCCUGUCUCCACAGCCGCGUUUUUUAACCCUGACCUCUCAGCGUCUGAAUGAACAGCGCUCCCACCUCCAGUCCUGGCAUCCGCUGGGGGCGCUGUUCUUUAGCUAGUGCCAGUAUUAAAACAUUGUCAUUACGAGAGUGCCAAAUGACAUCUUCCCUCCACCCUGCCCCUGAAAAACAGUACACACACAUCCGUUCAACACAAGACAGGGCAAGUGUUUUUCUUCCUAAAAAAAAGUUCUUUUAUUAUUUUCACCUAUUGGCUGCUGCAUUUUACGAAGUGGAUUUCCCGGUGUUUGCAAUACACUCAGUGCAGCCUUAAGCAAAUGAGAUCAUUUUCAGAUUUCGUUGUUUUUUUCAGUCUUUCUACUUUUGUAAUAAUAGGAAGUUAGUAGGACUCACUUCUCUGAUUAAUAAGCAAUUUGCAGCACACAGCGUUCCACUGCGGGGUUUCACGCUCACCCAAAAACACCUGUUCCCGACCUACUUCUUGGUGCAAGACUUCUUGGUGCAAGUUGACCAAAUCGUUUUAAGUGGUAACUCUUUCCAACCGUAGCAGGGUUGUUUUCUGUUAAGCAAAGCUGAGAUCCAGUGCAAUACCUGGACUGUCACCGUCCAGUGAGUGGUGUACACAAUGGGAAGACAAUAAGCCGUGGUGUUUUGCUGUGUCACAAGCAUGAAAACCCGUGUGUCAUUGAUCAGCACCAUUUGUGGUAUGUUCCGUGAUGAGCGUUUAGUGAGCGUGCUGGCUGCAGAGCACUAUGAAAUCAUGGUACGUAGUCCCCGGCACCUGUCGUUAUUCCUAUAUCCUCCUGCAACUGUGGUUUGAAACUGCGCAUUCUCUAGUAGUAUAUAUCGUGCCUGUCUUCAAAAACAUUUACCUUUUUAUACUCAUUCCCCCCAGGCAUGGGGUAGUGUCAGUCGGACUGCACAGGGAACACGGUUUCCAGUGGCUUUGGCCCCUACUCGGGAAACAUCUGCCUGUUCUCGAUGGUGAUGGGGUGGCUGCCAUUCCCUUGGUUUUCCUAAGCCCUUUCUAACAAGAGUCUCAAACAAGCGGAGGCGACGGCCAAUUCAACCCAAUUCUUUCCAGCGCCCCACACCAUAGCACCUGCCCACCUGAGAACCAGGAACGCACCCUCUCUGUGGAGCUCUGACUGGUGUACCUGGAAACAGCAACUUGCAAACGGACGAAGAGCCUGACGUGUGUUAAUCAUUUGCCUUACAAGAUGUACCAGACGGUUUCCAGUACUAACAAAGGGAAUAAAAAUACCUCACGCCACAAUCCAGCAUAUUGAUGUUUUAAGGCAAAACAA